UCAUAAGAGGCAGGGCACUCAGGUCGACCAUAGACCUCCACACACACACACACACCUUGACGCUGCUGUGUGCCUCAGCCCAUACACGCCCUCCCUCCUGUGGGCACCCUGAGCGACCCCUCACCAUUGGCCAAGUCCCGGAGCCCUCAGCAUCUCCAUCACGGCUGGAGGGACCAUUCGGGAAAGCAGGAGACUGAGGUGGACUAUGAGGAUGCUCGCACGGUUGUUGUUGGGACUCCUUGUCCUCAAAGCAGCAGUGGCCAGCCCAAGAUUUUCCCGACAAACAGACUUGGAUUAUGACACAGAGAAUGGAGAAUAUGACUAUGAACUUACCACCAAUCUGCCGAUAGAGGUUGAAACACUAUCAACCGAACUGGAGGCAGAAGAGGAGGAAGAGGAGGAGGUGCCCUUGAAGCCACAGCUCAUCCCACAGGGUUCAGGAGGGUCUGGGGUCCUGAUGGGUCCUGACACACAGAAAGAGGUGGAGCUGCGUCUGGCGCCCAGUGACAUCCUCCAUGUGUCCGGGGAUGCAAGGGGCUCUGCGGGCUCAGGGGCUUCAGGGGAGUCUGGGUCAUCGCCCUCUGGAGGGUCUGGGGGGUCUGGAGGGUCCGGGGACAUAGUCUUUAUCUCUGGAGCAUCCCAGGAGCUGCUGGGGUCAGGCUCUGGCUCAGGUGGCUCUGGGGAGUUCCUGCUCUCCGGAGAUGUGCUGUUCUCUGGAGAUGUGUCGGGGUCUGGGGAGCCUUCUGAAUCCGGGGACUUAUCCGGGGUCUCUGGGGAUGUAUCUGGGGGCUCUGGGAUUGCCGUGGAGCUGGGAUCUGGAUUUGGAGAGUCCGGAGACCUGUCUGGGUCCGGGCUGUCAGGGGCCUCUGGAAUCUCUGGGGCUUCUGGGGAGUCUGGUGAAUCUGGUUUCUCAGGGAUAACAUUCAUAGAAGGCGAGGGAGUGCCCUUCAUCUCUGGGACUGGUCCCAGUGAGGCAUCAGGGACAUCCGGGGAGAUCUCAGGAGUCUCGGGUGUUUCGGGUGAAGCCUCUGGAGAUGUAGACAUCUCAGGAGCCUCUGGGACGUCUGGGGUCUCUGCCUCUGGAGAACCAGAGUUCCCUGGGGUCACUUUGAUGCCUACAGAGGAGGGGCUGCUUCCCACUACAACACAGAGCCCUGAGGAGGGCAAAGGAGGGGUAGAAGGCCCAGAGAGCUCUGGUGAACCAGACGAGACAGAGGAGCCUGACAGUCAAGGCAUGCCCACCUGUCUGCUAUGUACAUGUCUGGGGGGCUCAGUCUACUGUGAUGACCUGAGGCUGGACAGCAUACCUCCUCUUCCCAAAGACACCACACACUUCUAUGCACGCUACAACCGAAUCACCAAAAUCCACAAGUCUGACUUUGCCAAUAUGGGCAAACUGAAGAGGAUUGACCUAACUGCCAACGAGAUCACAUCUUGUGAUGAGAAAGCAUUCAUUGGUCUUCCUGAACUGGAAGAGUUGGUGAUCAGAGAGAACCACAUUUCACAGCUGCCUGCUCUGCCUGAAACUAUGACCCUCAUCGACGCCAGCCACAAUAACAUUGGCUCUAAAGGCAUUCACAGGGAGGCCUUCAAAGACAUGACUGCCUUGCAGUUCCUGUAUAUGACAGACAACAACAUUGACUACAUCCCUGUGCCUCUGCCCGACAGUCUGCGGUCUUUACACCUACAGCGUAACAACAUUCAGACAAUGCUUGAGGACACUUUCUGCAACCUGAAAGAUUUCAACUACAUCAGAAAUGCGCUGGAGGACAUCCGCCUUGAUGGAAACCCAAUCAACCUGAGCAGGACCCCUCAGGCCUAUGUGUGCCUGCCCCGUAUACCCAUCGGGACCCUUGUGUGACCUCACACACACUAACAUGUACUUUUGCACACUGACUCCACAGAUGCA